GUACAUGAAUAAUAUUUAAAUUUCAAAUAUAUUAACUUCAUUUAAGUAAAGAAAAGUUAAAAAUAUUUGUUUACAAAUUUAUUCCACCGUUUGUAAAAAGGCUUUACAUUUCGGAUCGAAGUUUGACAUCAAGUUUAUAUAAUAAAUCAUUGGCUAUAUAAUCAUUAUUAGGAUCCGUGAAAAAACGCACGGAAUUUGAGCACAAAAUUUGGUUCCGCAAAACGCAUAACUAUUAGUUGGAUUAGUUGAUAAUUUAAAUAUCACACUUCAAGUUUUGUGGUUUCUUUACUGGUUACCAGAAAAUUCAGUGUUAGACAAUCGUGCACAUUUAGCAGCAAGCAAAUAUGAUAAAAACUGGACAUGAUACAUUUUAGAAAAUGGAGAGUAAGCAUACGAUUACAGACGGCGAAUUCAAUAUGUUUAGCAAUGAAUAUAAAGAUUUAACUUGGGGUGGAUUAAAAAAAACGUUUCACGGAUGUAUAUUUCAAUUAGGCCUUUUAACGCUUUCUGCAGUUAGAGCAAAUAGCUCAGAAAAAAGCUUCUACUUAAUAACAGAAGCGAAAGAAUUUGAAAAGUUUGACGAUCUGGUUAUUGACUAUGGGGAUCACAUUACUGUAUUGCAAGCAAAACAUUCGGAAAAAACAGCCUAUUUUUCUAAAAAGGAUUUUUUAAGUGAAAAUGGCGAUGCUAGCUUAGCUGUAUAUUAUGAUUCAUGGUCAGCUAUACGUCAACUGCCAUAUUUAAAGCUUCGAGAUGAAAAACGUAAGUAUGCAAAGUUUAUAUUCUUUUCAAACAAAAAGCUCAAAGAAAUGGAUGAGUAUAUUGAAGAAAUACAAAUUGAAAAUGACGAGUUUGCAUUUUCCUCUUUGCUUGCUACUCCAAAUUAUAGAAUUGUGCAAGGGAAAAAUAGAAAUGUUUUCAUAGAGGCAAUAAAAAAGCAUUCAAAAAUUACAAAUAAAGAAAACUUUGAAGAAAAAAAAAAAUUUAUUGAUGAUACAGACAUAGAAGAAUUUUUGGACCAAUUUAUUAUUAAAACUAAUCAGCCGAAUGUUGAUCAGUUGUUUGAAAUUGUCAAGCAUGAAAUAGGUAGCCAGGUUAACAUUGGAGUUCAAGAAACAUUUACUGGAGUCAUACAGUUUAUGCUUAAUUGGUUUAAAGAUAUGAAAACUUGUGUCUUAACGAGCAAAAACUUUAAAAACUUCAAGAUUUUACAAAAUGCAGACAUGAGUCGCUUUUUUUUUUCUCAUGUCACCAAAAUAUUUGAAGAAGAAUUUAAUGACCAUUUGUUAGAUUUUCAAGGGUUUAUCAACAAAAAAUUACUAGACUUUUUAAAAGCUCCAAAUACAUCUGAACAAAAUGUUCAGGUAAUUAUAGGCAGCAAUGCAAGACCAAUAGUUUACAUAACAAUUAAAGAAUUAAAAAAUUUAAAGCAUGAUGAAUGGAUUUAUAUUGACUACAAUGAUAAAAUACGUGAUAUUGACGUAGUAUUUCAAAGUAGUGUAGUAAAAUUUGUAGUAAUAAACAUUCAAAAUAUUGAUGUAUUUACUCAACAGCAAGUUCAGAAUUUUGGUAAUAUUUUUAAUAAUAUUGGAUCUAUGAAAGUCAUUAUCCUAACAAAAACGAAACUUGACAUUUCAAAAUAUUUAUCAAAAACGAAGUUUCAAGAAAAUUUACUUGAACCACCGUCAGAUGAACAAAUUCAAAUCUUAUAUAACAAAUAUGAAAAUAAAUAUAUAACACUAGCAGGAAAAGAAUAUAAAAUAAAAUAUAUUAUUAAUCAAAGGCUAGGUAGUAUUUACAAAAUAAUGAAGAAAAUUCAAUACUUUUCACAAAUAACAGAACAUGCGCAUGAUUAUCAAGUUCCUGCUGAAUCAGGAAUGCCGUAUGGUAUAUAUAUAGAAAACGAAAUGAGUUAUGGCAAAGGAUAUUACGAUUUAUCUAUUAUUAUGAGAAAAAAAGUUUCCUUUUAUAUUAUAAAAGGUGUAGAGUAUAACCAUCUUUUAAAUAAACUGAAAAAUUUGUUUAAAGAAAAUCCGGAAAUAUUUGCUGAAAUUAAAAAUAUGGAAACUGAUUUUAAAAAAUGGAAAGAAUCAGACUUUUUUUUAUUCAAACAUCACAACUUGUUUUCAGAGCUUGAGUCUCGCAAUCAUAAUUUAAACAAUGAUAAUUUUAAUAAAGUAUAUAUUUUAACAGCUAAACCUUCAAAUUUUAAUAAAACAAAUUAUCUCUUAUUAAAGCCUGUUGAAUCUUCUUCAACGGAAAAAUUAACAGUAGCUGAAAAUCCAAGCAACGUUUAUCUAUCUUUUGCACAAGGCGUAGACUAUUCAAGUCGAGGUCCACAAAAGAACUUUACAAAAGAUAUAAGUAAUGGUGGUCGAUUAUCAAUAUUGUUGGCACCUGCAGGUUACGGAAAAACUUCAUUCUGUAAAAACAUAAUAGAUGAGCAUAAAAAAUAUGAGAAUAUAUCAAAUCCAGUUUGGGUUGUUUAUAUACCAUUACCUCUUCUAGAAUUUGAUAAUCAAAAUCAGCCUAUAUUUGAACCUUUUUUGAAUAUACAUCAUUGCUGGGAAAAAAAAGCAUUUCAAGCAGAUAUGCAUAUUAAAGGAAUGGUUUUGCUCAUUUUGGACAGUUUUGAUGAAGUAAAAGAUGCUAGAACAAUUAUAAAAAUAAAUGAUAUUUUUCAACAAAAAUUUAGAGAAUUACAAAUUUCAUGUUUAGUUACUUCAAGACCAUAUGCUACAAAUAAAUUUUUGAUACCAUCCGAAAGAUUCGCCAUCUAUAAAUUAACAAAGUAUACUAAAAAACAACAGAAAGAGUAUAUUAAAAAAUAUAUUACAGCUGUUUUAAAAAAAUUUGAACCAUCAGAAAAAGCGCUAAACGCAUUAGUCGAAAAAGUUGAAUGUUUUUCAACAACCAAACUUAAUAAAAAUUCUUUCAAAACUCUUGGUAUACCGUUAGAAAGUUUUCUAUUUUGUGAGUUACUGCAACCACAUAUUUUGAAUUUUAUUGUCAAAAAUAAUAACCAAGUGCCAGAAAAAUGCAAAAUUAACUUCGAAAAUCUAGAUAUAAGCAAUACUGUCAACUUGUUUCAAGAGUAUAUUAGAUCUAAAUCAAUCUUGUUUUUAGAAAAACACUUAAGUGUCAAGUCUGAAAAACUCUACGAUAAAAGUAUGACAUUUAAUUUAAUGGGAACAUAUAAUCAUAUUAUGGAAUUGUAUGCACUUAAGCAAUCCUUUAGCAUUAAGGAGGAUAUCACAAAGUAUACAAAAAUGUUAAACUUUGAAAUAGGGGCAUUUAAAACGCUCGAAGAUACAGGUUUAUUAAAAGUUUCUGAAAACAAUGUUGGUAUAAAGAUUUAUUUCAAUCACGAAACUUAUCAGGAAUUUUAUUCAGCACUUGCAAUAAUAAGAGGGCUUCUAAAUGAAAAAGGUUGUUUGUUUAAUUUAGUUAAAAAGUUAGUUAUCAAAAACUGCUAUAACCCAAAAUUUCAAUUUAUAUUUUCAAUAGUUGCUCAGUUUAGUUUUGUGGGAGGCCCAAUGAUUCCAGGAUAUAAAAAAGAAACCAAUUUGUUGUCAUUUUGGGAUGCAUUUGAAGAAAAUUAUGAUGUAAUUGGUGCAGGAGCUGUAAGAGUAUUCAGUCAUUUUUUCGAUGAGUUCAUAGAGAAAAAAAUGGAGCAAGAAGAAAUGUUGGAAAAACGUGUUAAAAAACAAUUUCAAGGAGAAUUUGAAUAUUUUUUUCGUAGCAUAGAAAACAAAAAUUUCUCAAAGUAUAUUAGGUAUGUACUUAACGUUAAUCUGUCACAAAAUCAAUUAAAUGUUAUUAAAGACGAUGACGAUGGAAAUGAGUUACCUAUUAUAAACUACAUAAAUACCGUUGUCAAAACAAGUAUUAAUCAAAAAUUUAACUCAAUUGCUCAAGAGUUUAGAUAUAAAAAACAAAACAAUUUAAUAGUAAAAAAUGACGUAGAUUUGUUGGAAGAAGAAGCUAAGAAGCAUACUGGCGAAUAUGAUUAUUGGGCACUUAAUGAAGGAAUUGAAGCAAUAGGUUAUACCGGGAAGCUUUUUAGCAAACGGUUGGCAGAUUUUUUAAUAGAACGAGCAAAACUUUGGAAUAAUAAUAGAAAAGCUGCAGUUUUGGCAUUAAGAGAAAUAUACAAAAGUUUAACGGAUGAAGAUGAUACUGUUAGGAAAAACUGCUUUUAUGUCUUGCAAACAAUAAAUUUAUCAGCUGAAUACGAUAAUGCAAUGCAAAGUUUGAUGCAACAGGUUAACCAAGAGUUCAUUUGUUAUUUAAUAGUGGUUUUGAGUUCGGAAUGGCAAUCUUUAAUCGUCAAUAACUAUUUUGACGAAAACCCUUUAAUAGAAUAUAAUAAGUUUCAAGCAAUAAAAAAUAUAUUGUUUUUUGCUGAAAAGCUGCAGCAUGCGGUAAUUGUUAGAGACAACCGUUUGUUCCUUGUUAAGGAAAGAGAAAUUGAAAUUAAAUUUGGAAAUGGACAUCUAAAUGAAAAUUUUGCUAAAAAAGUGUUUUGGGGUAUCAAAACAUAUAAUUCUUUUGAAAAUUAUUCUCCGAGUCUUGGGAUUUACUAUUUUGAUUUAAAAGAGAUUAACCAAAAAAAAGUAUAUUUUAAACAAAAAAUUGAAAAUUUAAACUUAAGUGAUGAUAAGGAGUUUGACAAGUUAUUUAAUGAAAAGGGUAAUUGUAAAACAUAUAUAUGCACAUUGUACGCGCAUCUUUUUGUCAAUAAAUUGUUAAACAAACACCAUGUUGAAUGCUUUUAUGAAAAUUGGGCCAAAACUGAUAAUAUAGAACUUUAUGGAAUUAUAACUAUUGGCUAUACAGGACAAUAUUUUAAUAUGAAGUUAGCUAGUUUUUUAUGUCACGUAAAUGUAAAUUUAAGAAAAGAUGCCUAUGAUGCAUUAGAAUUAAUUUUUAAAACUCUUAAAGAUCACAAAAAGGCUUACGAAGCAAUUAAAGCUUAUAACUACUGUGUAAGCAAUAAUUUUGGAGAUUUACAAAAAAUACAGCAAUCAUCUGGCAAAAGAAAGUUAAAGGAGAAUUAAAAUCUUACUAGAUAAUUGUAAAAUUUAAGUCUGAUAUAAAUACUGGUUUUCAAAAAAAAGUUCCGUAAUUACACCACAGAGAUAAACUAUCGACAAAAAAAUUUGAAAACAUCUUGCCAAUAUUGGUUUUAUUUUAAAUGAUUUCUUAUAAGUUUCUUCUUUAGUUUAAAGCAUACACAUUCAGUUUCAUGGAUUGUUAUUUUUUCUCUUUAUUAUAUUGUAUUUAUGAAAAAGAUGGCUUGCAAUUAAAAGGCCGUCGUCAUGAAUUAGAUAGAAUAAUAAAAAAAAAUGGUUAAAAGUAAUAUUCAUUUGAAUCUUGGAAUGACUGCAAAAAAGCUGUCAAAAUACCUCGAUUACUUUUCUAAACCUCAGAGGUGAUUGAAUGAGUUUGUUGACUUAACAAGAUAAAUAAGGCGAACGGCCGAAAGCUUGAGUUUCUUAAGAGCUUUUGCCUGUAGAAACCAAAACCAUUCGCAAAUGCUGAAUGUCAUUUUUUUAAUAUAUUUUUGCUUUAUAUAAUAAACACAAUAACUAACUAAAAAUAUU